CAGAACAAGCAUUUUAUGCAACAGCCAGAGCUAAACAACGCAUUGCAUUACUAUUCAAAAAUCUUACUCUACGAGAUUCAAUUUGUUCAAUGUAUGAAUCAUUCGCCCGCCCUUUACUUGAAUAUUGCUCAAUGGUGUAUAGCAAUUCCAGGAAGCAUGAUCGUAUCGCUAUAGAAAAGGUACAAAGAGCGUUUACAAAGCGCCUUAUUGGUACGAGCUUAGUGUUACCCUAUUCUGAGCGAUGCGACUUACUUAAGCUUGACCCAAUAUGGCUUCGACGCCUAAAAGUAAACUUAGCACUUUUUUCAAUAUCCUGCACAAAAAUGUCCACACCCCUAGCAUUGAUCUAUCACUCAUGAAACCAAAUGGAUACAAUACACGCAAUAGUGAAAAUUCUGUGAUGGUAAGAAGGUCAAAGACAAACAUAUCAGCAAACUUUUUCCUUAAUCGGUACUCCCGUAUUUGGAACAAAUUGCCGACCGAUAUUCGUACUAGCACAUCUGAGUAUAACUUUCGUAGAAAGCUUGACGAAUAUCUUACAGUCAGCAAUGUGAUUAUGCUCCUGCGCUGCCCUACAACUAUUCAACAAACGUAUGAACAAGGUCCAGACAACAUAUAACUGAAAGUUGCAAUUGACUGUAUCAGUCAGAUCAACAAACACCCGUUGAUUCCCUGCUUACCCUUCUCUUUUAUUGCUCACUCCGGAUCUGCCUGCCC